AUGCCACCUCAGAGAAAACACAAACGCUCUCAAACCAUGCCAUCUCUCAUUUUAUUCCCAAGUAUCAUGCCAUAUAUGAAGACCAAACAAAAACUAUCUGUAAAACAAUUAAAUCGUAACAAACAUAAGAACGAAGCUCUUUGCACUCACUUGGAUGCAGUGGUGGGGGAGCUUUUUGUAGAUCAGGAGGCGAUGAUGAAGCUUGACAGAAAGGAACACAAGAACGAGAAAGACUAUGAUCUAAAGAAAAAGAAUGAUAUUGUAUCUAUCGAAAAACUAAUGUCGGAUUUGGACAAAGCAGUCGAGGAUCUGGAAAGCUUUACGGUCAAAUAA